CCAAUUAAGCAUCAAAUCUCUUUCUCAGAACUUGUCAAGAACCUCACUGAGCUGCAACAAUGGCUUAUCAGCACUCCCCAUCCUCCUUGAUAAUGCUAUUAUUUGUUGUAUUAUCAUCAGUGGCUAGUAAUAUGGUGAUGGGAGAGGCUCGUCGCCUACUGGAAACCACCUUACCCGAGCUUCCUAAGCCUGAGCUGCCACCACUUCCCCAUGUCCCGGAGCUUCCAAAGCCUGAGCUGCCACCACUGCCUAAAGUCGAAUUGCCACCAGCACAACAUCUCCCAACUCUACCAAAGCCUGAGUUGCCGGUUGUGCCUAAACCUGACCUACCGGCUGCCCCAAAGCCUGAGCUGCCUACUGUGCCAAAACCCAAGUUGCCAACUGAGUCAAAACCUAAGCUAACUGCCAUGCCAAAACCUGAGUUGCCAACUGUACCAAAACCUGAGCUACCUACUGUGCCCAAGCCAGAAUUGCCUGUUGUACCCAAGCCUGAGCUGCCAACAGUGCCCAAGCCAGAAUUGCCUGUUGUACCCAAGCCUGAGCUGCCAACUGUGCCCAAGCCCGAGCUCCCUACCAUGCCAAAGCCCGAGUUGCCAGCUGUGCCAAAGCCCGAGUUGCCUGCUGUGCCAAAGCCCGAGUUGCCAACUGAGUCAAAGCCUAAGCUAUCUGCCAUGCCAAAACCUGAGUUGCCAACUGUACCAAAACCUGAGCUACCUGCCGUGCCCAAGCCAGAAUUGCCUGUUGUACCCAAGCCUGAGCUGCCAACGGUGCCAAAACCUGAGUUCCCAACUGUGCCCAAGCCCGAGCUACCUGUCGUGUCCAAGCCUGAGCUCCCUACCAUGCCAAAGCCCGAGUUGCCUGCUGUGCCAAAGCCUGAGUUGCCAAAAAUGCCAGAACUACCAUCUCUACCCCAUCUCCCCAACCUGCCUAAGCCCACAUUGCCAACCCUGCCCAAGGACAUUCCCAUUCCUUCCCUGCCCAAAGAUACUCCUUGAAUGUUAUGUGUCUUAGAAUAUGCUCCUCCAGACAUGUCAUCUACAGUACUUAAACAGGAUUUGCAUAGAUGUGUCGGUGCUUCUUGCUUCUUCUGUCAUUUAUUUGUACCAUCUACUGUACUUUUAAGUUUAAAUUGAUAUUUAUUUGAGUGAUGUCCUAUGUUUUCUUUUUGCUGAAUAAUAUCCUAUGUUCAUCUGUUCA